AUGGUAAUUGCUUAUUAUAAAGACGGUCGUCGUUGGGUGUACUCGGAUACCUCAGAUACUGACUGUUAUCGCUUGACUGGACAGGCCAAAUUGAGUUUAGUUACAAACGAGGAUUAUGCACCCACAGAAGAUUUUAAUAUAUUCAAAGAAAAUGGUAAUAUAUCAAAAGAAGAUAAAAAGUCUGAAGACAAUAAGACUAUAGAUGAUGAGCCACCCAAAAAAAAACAGAAAUUAUUAACAAUUGAAAGAGAUGGUUUGAUAUUCGUAUUUUUUAGAGAAGAAGGAACUCGUACAUGUAAAGCGCACAAUACUCCAUUGAAACCCAAUAAAGAAAUAGCUUCUAUCAGUACUGUGGAAGUACCAAUUGUAAUUAACUGUGAAAAAUCUGUUGAAUCUGCUGAACAUUUUUCAGCUAAAAAUGUUAACUCAACGGUCAGGAUAAUUGAUCCUAGCAUAAUGAUAAAUGCAGAAGAUCGAUAUUCAAAGUUUUUGAAUGUGUCUGAGUUAUCAAAAAAAAAAUUAUCUUCAUGCAGUGCCAAAGUAAAUGUAGUUAAACAACCUUUAAAUGAAAAAAAUCAUAUAAAAAGGAAUUCAGUUGUAAUUGAAAAAUUACAUAAAAAGUAUUUCAGUAAAUUUGUUCAAGAUUCAAUUGUAACUAUUGCAAAUAUACUCAACAUAAUUUCAAUGGCUCGAAAACAUUACAAAGCUCGAAUGGCUGAAUCUCUUGAGAAAAGAUCUGAAGGUGAAAUAUUAAAUGCCAACCAUACAACAAUUUUGGAAACAAAGUUAAAGGACAAUUUUUCAGCUCUCGUAUCAUCAUUUGAAGGACCAGAUUUUGAUACAGUAUUUAAAAUGCUCUUUCUAAGUAUAUUAACUGUACUUCGAGUUUUGGAUCAGCCUAAGUUCAGAAAAGGCAACAUCUUCAAUAAAGUUUUACUUUUUUUACAGAAUAGUUUGAAAAAAAGUAAAUAUAACCAUCCCAAAAUUUUUUCAAUGUUUCGGUCAAAGACAUUUCAUCCAGACUGCAUCGAUUUAAUAAGAAUAAUUGAAGAUAGUCGGGAUACUGACCCCGGAGUCAUAGAUCGCAUGCCAUUGUAUUUUAUAGCAACAUCAGAAAGCCAGAUCUAUUUUCAAGCAGUUAUUGAUGCUGUUACUAGUGAUUCGAACGAAGACCUAGCAUUAUUAAUCGAUAAUGCUACUUUUAAAUGUCACAAUGGUUUGAAGUUUAAAGAUAAUGUAGUUUCAUCAACUGUAGUACAUUCAAAUGAGAUAUUACCCAUAACAGAGACCAUUUUAAGUCCUAUCAACUCAGACAAUACAAUUCAACACUGGUUUCCAGAAAAUAAUCCAGACAGAACUUGCCGAAAAAUAUCUGCGCUAAAUGGUAAUAAGUCCCAAACAAUUGGUAACACCGCAAUAGAACAGUCAAUAAAAAACUUUGAUGAAUCAUUCUCUUCUUCAACACAAAAGAAAAAUUCUGAAUCUUUUUCUUCUAAAGUGAUACCAACAGAAAAAUGUAUGACUGUUAUGCCAAGUAUUUCCAAUAGUUCUUUGAUGCAAAUAACAGCACUGUGGUCAGAAGCUGAAGCAUCAACAUCAGGUCAAACAAGAGCAGUAGUCAAUGGUACUAAUAUAUUUGUUGAAUCACCAGAACCAACUAGAUUUAUCAAAUGCUGCAGGAAAAAUUGUAAAAGCUCUGCGACAAAAAUUUGCGGGGUUUGUAAAACAGUGAAAUACUGUUCAAAAGACUGCCAAAAACUUGACUGGUAUGGAAAUCAUGAAAAUGACUGUGAAAAAUUGCUAAACAUAAAGAAUUCUCAAUCCUAAACAUUUUAUUGCAUACAUAAAUUAUUUCAAUAUAGUAUACAAUAUAUAUAUUAUAUAUUA